CCUUCUUCGUCGACAUCCGCCGUCGCUGCCCUCUGCCUGGACCCGCCCGUCCCACGGCCGGCUCGCUCUCUGAUCCGCUCUGACAUACAUAGAUGUUUCCGCGCACGUGUGUGAUUGGCAUCCGCCCCGGUCGGUCCCGUGGGGUUGCCGAAACACCUCCAGCGUGCUCUCGGAUCGCCCGUUCCUGAUCUGCAAUCUGCCGCCGUCCGCUGCAUACCCUCCCGUACCCUCUCUGGUGCGCGCUCCUUUGUCUAUCCUGGCCUGAAUCCGGCGGCCGAUCAGCCUGCUCGUCGCCAUCCACGAUGAGUCUCGAGCAGCCUCAACCGUCGUCCUCGCAGUACUCGGCUCGGGAACACGAUCUCGAUGCCGCCGAGGACCCAACCUCGCCGGACAUUCUCAAUCUCGGCUCGCCCGUCGCCGACAUCAGCAACAUGCGGCUCUACGAUCCAACCUCGCUCAUCACCGGGCCCUUUGUCUCGCCGAUAUACUCGCCUUCGAUGGACCAGACCAGCUUCGACGUCGGCGGUGGCGCGUUUCCGAGCUAUCACAUCAUCAACGACGACAGCCACUAUGCGACCUACGCCCAGCCUUCCAAGGACAUUGGCUUUUCGUUUUCCUACGAUGCCACAUCCGUCGACCAGAGCUCGAUGCGGCCGUCUGCAGCCCACGGCGAGGGCGUUGGUACUCCGGCCGCUGCUGAUGCGGCGGCGGCGGCAGAAACCCAGCCAGGCCGGUCCCUGCGGCUAUCACAGCGUCUCUCGCAGCGUCUCUCGCAGCGGCUUUCGUCUGGCUCUCGACUUGCUCCUGACCAGGGACCAGCCUUCCACCAGGAUCAGGCCGACGAUGCAGCGCUCGAACAGCGAUUCGAUGCCCUCAUCGGGGAAGGUACCAGUUCUGCCAGUGCACCGCUGAUCGCCAAGGGCUCGCUGCGGCACAACGAGCAUCGUCCGUCCAAAAGCUCGCCAGAGGUUCAUCGUCCUGCCGCCAUCAAGCCUCUGGCCGUCAAUGCUUCUCGGCUCUACAGCUCGAUGAUCGACGGCGGGUCUCCUGAAGGCGCCCGUCAGCCGAUCGUGUCGCCCGUCCGCGAAACAAUCGACUACUUUGAAAGUCUGGGGCGCAGGAACCGGUCCGAUGUGGACGAUCCAGUCCAUCACUCGCCGCAGUCCCGAAGCAGUCCCUUCUCCGCAUAUCCCCCGCCAGCCUUUCCGCCCAACUCGUUGGCGGCUGAUUCAUACCACCUGGAUGAUUUCAGUCUCUCGGAAAGACUCCCGCCAAACUUUGUCGAUUCGCUCUCCUUUCACCCCCUGGAGUCACCGCCACAGCCCUCACCAGCCCCUGCAGAGUACAUCGCAGCCAGCCCGGCGGCUGGCUCGGAGCUAGUUCCUGCAAUGGAUUCCAUCCAGCCCGUGCCCGGACACAACUUGACAUCGAGUCUCGCCGAGUGGGCAACCAGCCUGAGCCGUAGCGAGGGUGCCCAGACUGCCGAUCCAACUUUGGCAGCGGCGCAAAGAUCGAGCGAGAGCCGAGCAAGCGAGCUUUCGGUGUACGGAAGUAGCCAUCGCAGCCGCAUCCCAACUGUCGGUCGUCUGCCGAGCGUGUCUCGGGUCAACUCGGCCAACUUUGAUUUGAAGCUGGAUCAGGAGGACGGGAGUAGUCGAGCUGUGCUGAAUGCAUUUAGGGCGCUCCAGGAGAAAGUUGUGUUGCUUGAGGGCGAAAAGUUUUCCGCAAAAUCUACGAUUGCCGUGCUUGAGCAGGAACUCGAGCGCGUCCAAAAGACUCUCUAUGCCGAGCAGAGCCGCAACGUCACCCUUCUUCAGCAGCAGCAGCAACAACAACAGCAGCAACAGCAGCAACAGCAGCAACAGCAACAGCAGUCUGAGCAGACCCAGGAUCAGAACGAGCAACAGCUCAAGUUCGAGGAAUAUCAACGACAAGAACUCAUUCUACAGCAGCAGCGCGAGGAGUUGGCAAAGCAGGAGCGUCAGACUCAGUUGCAGCUGGAGGAGCAGGAGAGAUUGCGCCAUGAGCUUGUUCUGGAACGGCACCGAGCCGCUUCACUGCAGGCCGAGAUCGAGAGACUACAGCUCGUAGAUCGCUCCUCGAGGCUCAGCUUGGGACGCAGCCGUCCACCGGCUGGAUCGCUCGAUAGGACUGAGAUGGAGCAAGAAGCUGAGCGAUACAAGCGACAGGAAGAGGAGCGGACCCACAGCCUGGAGCGGGAGUUGCCGCUCUCGAGAGGCUCUCGUGGCUCUCGCCCUCAAUCCCAGACAGCAAUGCCUGCUGCGGUUCCCUCGAACGCCGGAUCGCGCAGUCAGCCUGUCGCCCGGCCCGAGUGGUCGCUGCCGCUCGACAUCAAGAUCGAUGCUUCCGUCAACCAGCCCAGCGUCAGGGACCAGGCUGUCGACUCACCCAGUCCGCAAACCGGUGUUGACGCCGCACAACAGUGUCCAAGUCUUUCCUCGUUGCUGGAUCGUGAUGAACGAUUCAAGGACGCCACCACCUCCCCCAUACCUUCGACUGCUGGCGAGCGCCCCAAGCUCGGGAUUCUCGACACCGGCGUGAGCACGGCUCGGCUACCUCAAGACGAUGGAAUUGACCUAUCGAGCUACGGUUUGCCCCACAGCCAGCUUCGGCAUCUCGAGUCCGAGCUCGAGCACACCAAAAUCCGGGCCAGUCUGCUGGAAGGGCGACUGCACUCCACAGAACACGCCUCACGACUCGCCAAGUCCGAGCGCGAUGAGGCGCUGCAAGGCCUCGAGCUCGCGCGCCAGGAACUGGUCCGUCUCCAGCUUGCGCUGCAUCGCGGCGUCGACUACGAGCGCACGGGCUCGUAUGCAUUUAGUCUGGGAUCUCCAAGCUCAGGCCCGCUGAGUGGACACAGCCCACAGCACAACAACCCCGGAUCUCCUGUGUUCCGUAAGUCGAGCGAACAGGACUUCCCGGCACCGGGUACAUUUGGAAUGCCGUCCGGCGCGACUCUGGGGUCUGGCGCCGAUGCGAACCCGCUGCUUCGGGCAGCUGAGAGCAUGGAGCAACGACAGUGGCAGCUGCCAAGUACACUUGAGCAGUCCCGGAAACAAUACCGCGAUUCUACUCUGGAACGAGCCGUCGACAAUGAAAUCGAGAAGGAGAAGGAGAUAGAAAUGGAGAUGGAAAUGGGAAUGGAGCAGGACAAAGAAACACAGAACCGCGACCGCAUCGAGAUGGCCAAGGCUGGGCCUCUGUUUGCCCCGCUGUCGUCGGGGUCGUCUUCGGCAUCGAACGACGAGCCCACAAGACCUAUCCACACCAAGUCGCCUAGCCUCCAGUCGAGCGAAUCGUCCGAUGACGCGGCACAGAGGCCUGCUGCCGAUACGGAGCAUGCGCACAAUCUUACGCAUGCCGGGGAUAUGGAUGGCCAGCCCCAGAGCCGCCCGUCCAAGGGCCAGUCGAGUGUGCCCGGUACCAAAUCCGCCUCUGACCAGCCUCGCCGACCAGAGAUGGCCAGAGAGCGACUGAAAGACGAAGCCCCGGUACGCAAGGAGACCAUUCCGCUGGAGCAGCGGAUGCGUGUGAAGAAGAUCAUCCUCAAUCGCAUGCUCAAGGAGGCGCGCGGCGCAUCGGCCAAAGAGCCAAGCGGCUUUGGCGCCGUAAGAGACAGCACCGAGAAGACCGAGCCGUUUUGGAAGCGAGUCGAUGGAGGCCGAGGCUACGCAACGUCGUCCAGGGAGCACCCGGCCCAAGUCCGAGAACCCCCUGCCCAAGUCCGAGAGCCGCCUGUGUCGAACAAGGAGCACCUACCCACAUACCAGCAUCGGCGAAAGGCACCGGCCCACAACGUUGCCUUCACCAAGAGCGACUCGGAAAACUCGCGCCAAAGCACCGAUGCCACCACCACUGACUCGGCGCGGCCGAAACUGCACGCUUCGGACGACGAGCAUUUGGGAGAGGCCCACAACUUGAAUCUGGGCAGGCCCAUGCCAUUCAUUAUCGGGACGAAUGCUGGCAAGUCCUACUCUGUCACAGCAAAUCUGCAACAGGUGUUUUCGCUGCUCAAGGCGCAUAAUCCGGCACUGUGCUCGGUUUGCAGCAAGCGUCAGAGCCGCGAGGGGAAAGCCGGACAGCACAGCCCGCCCCAGUCGACCCACCCUGAUGCACGAAACUCUCGCUCGCGCUCUCGAACGCGGCAGCCGGGGACAGGCGCCAAGAGCCUCGCGGGAACAUCGCCCACCAAGUCGCGAUAUCCAAGCCGUGGCCGACAGUCAAGCCGCCGCAAAUCGGCCAGCUCAGAUCAGGAACUCCGAGACAGCGAGGAGUGCCGAAGCUGCUCCGGCGACGAGCAACUGCACAAGUACGCCAUGGAUGGCGGUAUCGAGAGCCUGGUCCAUGUCCUGAAGAUUGUGGAGGACGAGUACAAGUAUCUGAAAGGCAAAUACCAAGGACUGGUUCGAGAAUACGAUACCGUGGCCGAUGGCGGCGGCAAACGCGCGCUCAAGAUCGCGGGCGACCGACUCCGGGACGUGAUCCAGAACAUGGAGCUGAAGAGAGAGCAGCUGUCGAUCCUGCGCGACAUUGUCCAUGGAUACGCUGCCCAGGAGGCCACACAGAACGAUGUCGGCUCACAUCGGACUGGACGAGGUCGGUCCAGAGGGCACGCCCUCUCCGAGACCGUGGCUGGCAUGGUGGCUCCAAAGUCAUCGAGAAGCAUCGACCCUUAUGCGGCGCUUGCGGGCUUGAGCCAGCCGCACCCCCCGGCGCCCCAGUCGCUGCAGAGCCGGAGUCGCAGUCGCAGUCCGGGCCGGGCGCUGGCAAGCCUGCACCUGCUCAAGAGCAGCCUGCGCGUCAAGGAGGCUCUCGAAUCUGCACUCUGAUACAACUCUGUGGCUGCUACAGUCAAUCCAAUAAAAAACGGGACACCCGUGAUUUUGACGAUUGAUCAAA